AACAGGAAGUACACACUCUCCACAACAGCAAUUACUUUUUGGAAAACUUUUACCAACGCAAACCUACUAAAAAUACGUUCAAGGGUCCGUUCAUCUAGAGAGUCGGUUGAUGUAUGAGUCGGGAGUUUUAUUUGUAUCCCGGUAGACGCGGAGAUACUCUCAAGUUCAGCUCAGCGUCUUCUGCUUUGUUUUGUUUACAUGGUGAAUCAGAUGACGAGCUAAGGUUAGCGACACAGCUCGCUUAAAUCGAGUCAUAUGAGCCGGUAAUUACCCAGCAGCUCUGUCCCACACGAAUGAAAGUUAACAUUAGUGAAAGAGCCGCGGUUUCAUGUUGGGACCAGCAGUGGACGGUUGUGUGUGGUCGGUUAACAGUGUGAGAAAAUGCGACGCUUACGUUAAAAUGUGUGGAGCGUUAGCGACUGUCUGAGAGACCAGAGAGAGAUUGUUUGUGUCACUGAGCCUGCGGCCGGUUUUAAAGGCCUUUACAGCGGCUUCAUGACAAGAUGCCUUGUUCCUGUGGGAACUGGAGAAGAUGGAUUAGGCCGCUGGUCGUUGUGCUCUAUAUAUUGUUGCUAUUAGUCGUCCUGCCCUUGUGCAUCUGGGAACUGCAGAAGUCAGAGGUUGGUACUCACAAUAAAGCAUGGUUCAUUGCUGGGAUAUUUGUCUUCAUGACCAUACCUAUAUCAUUAUGGGGAAUCCUCCAGCAUCUGGUUCACUACACUCAGCCAGAGCUUCAGAAACCUAUCAUCAGGAUAUUAUGGAUGGUCCCGAUCUACAGCUUGGACAGUUGGAUUGCAUUAAAAUACCCCGGUAUAGCAAUUUAUGUGGACACGUGCAGAGAGUGCUACGAAGCCUACGUCAUCUACAACUUCAUGACCUUCUUGCUUAACUACCUGGAAAAUCAGUACCCCAGCCUGGUGUUGAUGCUGGAAGUCCAAGAGCAGCAGAAACACCUGCCCCCUCUUUGCUGCUGCCCGCCCUGGCCAAUGGGAGAGGUUUUACUUUUGAGAUGCAAAUUGGGUGUGUUGCAGUACACCGUCGUAAGACCCGUCACAACAGUGAUUGCUUUGAUCUGUCAGCUGUGUGGAGUGUAUGAUGAAGGCAAUUUUAGUUCAACAAAUGCAUGGACAUACCUGGUCAUCUUCAACAAUAUGUCACAGCUGUUUGCCAUGUACUGCCUGGUGCUGUUCUACAGGGCUCUGAGAGAGGAACUGAGUCCCAUCAAACCAGUGGGCAAAUUCCUGUGUGUAAAAAUGGUGGUCUUCGUCUCUUUCUGGCAAGCUGUGUUCAUUGCUUUACUGGUGAAAGUGGGCAUUAUCUCAGAGAAACAUACAUGGGACUGGAAAAGUGUGGAGGCUGUAGCUACUGGCUUACAGGAUUUUGUCAUCUGUGUGGAAAUGUUUCUGGCAGCCAUUGCCCAUCACUUCAGCUUCACCUACAAGCCUUACAUCCAGGAGGCUGAGGAGGGUUCCUGCUUUGACUCUUUCAUGGCAAUGUGGGACAUCUCUGAUGUCAGAGCAGACAUUUCUGAACAAGUCCGCAAUGUUGGGAGAACAGUUAUGGGUCGUCCGAGGAAGUCUUAUUUCGGUGAGGCGGAGAAUGACGGUGAGCGAUCCGGCCUGCUCUCUUCAGGUUCCCAAGAUGCCAUUGCAGAGGUGGCAUCCAACCCUGUUUCACCCAGAGGUCAAUAUGAGGGCCUGGGCAGAACCCUCACACCGCACUCUCUGUCAGCCCCCGCUGGGCUCAGCUCAGCCCAGUGGGAUGAAGGAUAUGAGGCUAGACCUGAAGAAACCCAGGAAGAAGAAAGGACCAACCAAACCAAAGAACCAACAGAGGCAGAUCUCAUCGUGAUCACCUAGCCUAUCACCAAGGUUAAUGUCACUAACAGACUCUACCAGACAUGGUAGGGCAGGACCUAAUUACAGCCUUGCCACGUUCCUUUAGACAUGACUUUGUGAAAGCAACAUUUAAUAAACUGUUGUUUGAAAGGGCACAUCAACAACGUAGUAGUAGAAGUUUGCCAACAAAUGCAAAACCAGGCGGACCUCUCUGCCAGUGACAGCUCCAAGAAUGUUCAGUGAAGAUACGGCACUAAGUGAUUCGUUGAUGAUCAUUUUAUGCAGCUUUUCUUGUCUCUAGGGAGUCAUAAUGGUUUUUAAUUCAUUGCAAUUGGGAAAGACCUUUGGUCAAUUUUAAUGUGUGUCCCAAAGAGCACAUUUCUCUUCAAAGAACCCAGUCUCUGUGCUGUUAUGUUUCUUGAGAUGAGAUUCCACAGAAAGCCUCCGGAAGUCAGAGCGAAUCAUGUAUAUGUAUCCUUUAAAUAGGAAAUUAUGAUUUUUUGUUGUGUCAUAUCAGUCAUAUCAUGAUCAGAUAUGACAGAAGAGAAAUAUGCAAUUUUUAAAAUAACUUUUUUUCUUCACUCUAUAUUUUGGUUUAUAGGGAUUUCAAAACACAUCCAUUGAAAUGAGUGAUCUUCUAAUCUAAAAUCUACUACACAAAAGCACAUUAGAUUUACAUUUUUUCCCCCUAUCCUGUAGAUGUAAAUCACCAGGUAGAGGAGGGGAUGAAAAGAGCAGAAGCAACACAUUUUGUUUUUCAAGUACAGUCUAAGUAUUAAAACACAAGUAUUAAAUACAUAAUUCAGUCUAAAACUGUACAAUCAGCACAUUCUAGUUCAUUUAUAUCUAUGCUCUACUGCAUACAGGUCACUCUAUAGUGUUAAAUAGAAAUGUCACUAGUCAUCUCAGAUGCCUUGUUCUAUGUGCCGUGGAACUAGUUCAUCCACUACAUCAAUUUAGCAUUUAUUCUUUCAUCAUUAGCUAUUACUCAUCUUAUUUGCGGAGAUGUUUGACUCUAUUGUUUUUAGCCUUUUAAAUUGGAAGAACUUUGCAGCUACUUCACGUAAGCCAUUUACUCUUCCCAUAGAAUAUCCAAGAUCUUCUGUUGCGCUACGUCCAUGGAUCUGUGCAGGGAUAUUGACAUGUUUAAUGUACAGUGUAGGAUAUCAGUUUGUAUAGCAUACAUGUAUCAAAUCAACAGCAUAAUCUGCAUCAUGUCCAGCUAGAGAAUGUUACAUUGCCUUACAGGAUUUUAUUUUUUUAAAUCAAACUGACAGGAUUACGUCGGAGCUGAUGUAAAUGUUCCACGUGUUAAUUUAAUUCCAUUUCUGACAGUCUCUUCAAUAAAUAAGAAUAACUACA